AUGAUCAUAACCGAAAAGGCUAAAGAAUUAUGUUUUGGUAUCCACGAGGAUAGCACUACCCUCAGUGAAGCUGAUAGUGACGAAAUCUCUGAAAUGUCAGACUUCAGCUUUGGACCUAUACUCUUAGAUAUCAACCCCAGCUGCAGCGGUACGAACUUUGCGAUAGCUGAAGCCGAUAGCAGUUCUGAAGAUGGUGACGAGGACAGUGGUGAAGAUAGCUUAAAGUCAGUUUCUUGGGAUGGAGAGCACGAUACUAGUGUGGAUACCCUUACGAAUAAUUCUACUGGGUCCGAUGACGAAACAUUAAUUCCUUCGACACUUAGCGUUGGUGGUUCGAAUUUUCUUCUGGACAGAGAACAGGACGCAGUUUGGGAGAUAUACUCAGAUACUCCUGCUGAGCAUGAAUCCGUAAUCAACGGCACUACACAUGAUACUCCCAACGCUUACGACAUCGAGUAUCAGGCAGACGCUGAGCUGUCUAUUGGGGAUGAUGCGAUGUCAGGACAGGAUUCGGAUGCGGAAAACUGUGCGCAGGAAUCUUAUUCUCUGCCUAUAGAUGGAGCAGCCGAAUACAGGCUCGGUGAAAUAUUCGCAGAAUUGGAUCUCUACGCAUCACCAGCUUCUCCUGCGCAAAACAACUUGUCAUUCCGAGAGAAAGAAUCGCCCUCCAGCCGGACUCCAGGAUUUCUGGAGAUUCCAGAUACCUCAACUAAUAUCGCUCCAACUCCACCCUCGGUUCGGAGGCUUCUCAACGGGAUUCCCCCACGACUAGAAUAUUUUAUUGGGCUGUCGCCUCGCCAUAUAGCUCUAUCACACGCCACUCCUGCUCGAUAUCGCUCUGAUCACACAAAAAUCCCAAUUCCUUCUCGAUCAAGCAUUCACGAAGGUAACAACCACUACCAACGCUCACGUACAUCCCCUCAACGACGAUCAGCUUAUUCCAGGGACUUAUCACCUAACCGCUCUAGGCAUCGUUCAUCCAAUGAAGUUAUAACAACCCCCCCAACCCAGGCACACCCCAACGUUGGUACCGACGAUAGUGAUGGCGGGAUACAAACCACCGGAAAUAAUCCCUGGGGAGAUGACAAUGCAGAUAGCCAUUACGACGAAGGAAACGCCGGCCUCCCAGACGAGGUGGAAGAGUACUCUACGGGAAUAUUAGAUAGAUACAUGUAA